GGCAACUCCUUGCCCAUACCCCCUUUACUUGCCAAGCGCGCCCCAGAGCGCGCGGGGGGAAGAGCGCAUACGACGCCCAAUGAACGCCUUUAUGGUCUGGGCAAAAACGGAGAGGAAGAAAUUGGCUGCGGAAAACCCCGAAGUUCACAAUGCUGAUCUCAGUAAAAUGCUGGGUCAGAAAUGGCGAUCUCUAAGUCCAUCACAAAAGAAAUACUACAACGAACAAGCUGACAAAUUACGGGAGCUACACAUGAAAAAAUAUCCAAACUACAAGUAUCGUCCGCGCCGGAAAAAGACCAAGUUCAGGGGUUCUCUAGACGAUCUGUCUUUGUCUAAUAUACAUGUAAGCAAACAAGUGGAAAUUGAAUGUGUGUCAAAAUCUACCAACUUAACGCCACCUGCAAGUCCUGAAGUGUCACAAAGAGACGCACCGCCCUUUUUGAUUUCUCAAAUCAACUAUGCUGCAGAGCAAGUGGGGUCCGGAUUUGACCACACAAGCAUACAACCAUCCACGAUUUGUCUUGGGUUUCCGGACACUCCGCCCUAUCAGAACAAUUUUCAAGGCUUUGUCUUCCCUAUGGGGUCUCAAGACGCUCAGGCAGAAGUUCGCAUGUACUCAGACGAACAAUGUUUGACCUACUGGUCAGAAGCUGGAACUGUGUUGUCGGGGGUUCAGGAAACCGAGCCAAAAACCCAGCCUCCUCAGCUAAACGACUACGUAUUAUCAUCUCAAGAGCUAAGGGACGUGUCCGAGAUUGACAGUACUGAGUUCGAUCAGUAUCUAAAGACGGACCAAAACAAAUGUAAGAAUGGCUGAAACUCACAAAACAAUGUAGACAAGUCCAUGAGGUCUUUGCUAGACAUUCAACUUCCUUUGCAAUGUGACAUUUUUCUUGUCUUUUUGUGCAAAUCUUCUGUUUGCCAGCUCUUAAAACUAGAGAUUACAAAAUAUUAAUAUUUGAAUCACGAUAAUUACAGAGUAUUAACUGCAUAAUAUCUAAUACAUCUCAUUAAUCAGGUUGAAGAAAUUGAUAAUUACUUCAAAUAAUGUUUAUUGCUUGAUACUGCUUUAUUGUCGCGUAAUAAAAGUUCACUUUUUCGGGUGUGGAAAUGCAUGCAGGAUUUUUUUUUCAUCUUGUAUUACACUUAUGAAGUUAACAAACGUGUUUUGAUCAUUUACUCAGUUGCAUCAUCAAAUAAAAUGCAUAUUUUUAAUAA